UUGUCCGGUAAGUGUUUCGCACAAAUUUCUCUAUUUCUUAGCUGCAACGCGUUCAGAAACUCCAUUUUCUCUCUCUAUAGUCUAUCCACAAUAAGAGGGUAUCUUUUGUUAUCUUCCUUCUUUUUCUUUUUCUUUGUUUUUUUAUUCCAUUUUUUUCUUGUUUUUUUGGGAAGGUUUCUGGAAAAUCUCAGCUCCUCCCCGUAGAAGUACAGAUUUACAUUUAAAUUCAUCACUCAUCAAAUUUCCCGGCCAAAAUCAGCUACCUUUUAUACAGAAACAUAAUACACACACAUAUAUAAACUGUUAAAUCAUAUAAUAUUUGGGCUUCCUGCUUAAUACUCCACAAUGUCUCAACUUGCAAAAGUUCGUUUCGUUCUUUGCCCAAAUUGCAAAAAAGUUCUACCAGAGCAUACCAAUCACUCGGUUUAUAAGUGUGGUGGAUGUGAUACUCUUCUUCAAUCAAAGAAAGGAGUUGCUGAGGCAGAAACAUCACCAGACAAGUCUGAUGAAGGAAAGAUUGGAGGGGUUACAGCAAGUAAAAGAGUUACUGAUUUAUUUUUAUUUUUCAUUAGCUACAAAAUUCGUUUGGUUGGUUGCCCAAAAUGCCGAAACCUUCUACCAGAGCCUACCAACUACUCUGUUUUUAAGUGUGGUGGAUGUGGUGCUGUUCUUCGAGCAAAGAAAAGAGUUGCCGGGGCAGAAACAUCCUCACACAAGUUUGAUGAGGGAAAGAUUGGAGGGAUUUCAGAGAAAUUUCUCAAAAAAUCAGGAAAAAUUAAAUUUUCAGAGAAAGGAAUGGUGAAUUCGAGUGAUGGGUCUGAACAUGAUGUCAAGUCAAAUGGUAGUUGUUCAAGUAGAGCCGAAAAUGGGGAGGUGGUUUUGAGUGAUAGAGUUGAGGAAUAUAAAAAUGGUUUGAAUUUAGGGGAAUUCACCAAAAUGGGAAAAGAAGUAGACGAAUUAAAACCCCCAAAUUGGAAUGUAAAUGGGUUUCAAAGAUUAGUUGGAACUUCUGAUCCGAGGAUUAGGGUGAGAGAUGAGAUGGAGGGGUUGUGGAGGAACCCAAGAAUGGUGUUGGAUUUUGAUGGGGUGAGAUAUUCAACUUCAAAGUAUACACAAGAGGGAGAGGGUCCAUCUAGUUACCAAUUUGGGGGCUCCAGCUCCAGUUCUGCUUAUGGAGGAGAGCCAGUGAAUGAAACGGAUGGGAUUCAAAAGGUCGUACAAGAUCGAGCCGAGCUUCUUCUAAGGAAGUUGGAUGAGCUUAAGGAUCAAUUCAGUGGAUGUUGUGAUGUGAAUGACAAGCGUAAAGGAAAGCUUCCAUUUGAACAUUAUAUAGAUGAUGAUAUGGAUCCAUUUGAAUCGUACUCACAUAAUAUAAACCUUCACUUGCCUUCUUCUUCUUGUUUCCAUUGCUACACCAAACGUCCACCCCCUGCUUUCUACAAUAAGAUGUACCCUGGCAUUCCAAACAAUCCAAUGUUGUACCAUCACGAAAAUUCUAGACUCACCAAUCCUCAUAAUCCACAAUCCUCCUACACAAGAUGGCCCAGAGAGCUUAACUCUGAAGUGAGUGGCUUUGUUCCAAGGGUGGUGCUGGCUACUGGUGCUCGCCAUUGCCGCCCUAUAGCUGCUGGUGCUCCUUUUAUCACAUGUUACAAUUGUCUUGGAUUGCUGCAACUGCCUGAUCAAGUUUUGUUUGUGGAGAAGAAUAAAAUGAAAAUACGAUGUGGAGAAUGCUCUACAGUCAUCCUUUUUGCUCUAGUCAACAAGAAAGCUGAAGUCAACAAGAAACUACUUGUUUCUUUGAAUGCAGAAACAAAGAGAAGUCCCACAACAAAAGUUGAUGGUAGCACUGAUGUGGCUGUGAAUGAAGGUACUUCAAAUUACCAUGGCCAUCUGAACCGUGCUACAAUGAAUUUUCUCUCUAAUUCUCGGCAUGGUUUUCAGUCGGGAAUGGAUAAAGAAUCAACUUCUUCACCGUCAACAGAUCAUUGUUCGAGCUCAAACAAGACUGCGGACAUGAGGAGCCUUCACUCUACAUCUCCCUGUACUUUUGAGGAUGAAGCUAGCACUGACAGCCCCAUUGCUACAAUAGACGGGAGCACUUCCUCGGAGCAUGGACUGACUUUGACGUCUGCGUUUUGUUUAUGAACAUGACAAGCUUAUUUCUAUAUUAAAAAUGAUACAUAUUCUGAUUCUCUCUGAGUAUCACUAACUACUCUGUUUUAUAUUGUCGAAGCUUAGUUGGAGAGUCUUUCACUCAGCUUUGUGCUCUCAUAUAUAACAUAUUCUACUCUCUUAUUUUAUUUA